AGGACGCACGCAAACAGCAACAUCAGCAGGAAGAGCAACAUUCAGCUCACCACAAGUCUGAGAAGAAUGACACAGAUACACAUCAGCAAUCAAAGACUGGCAGAUAUCGUUUCAGUUGACAGAAUGCUGACGAAUCACACAAACCACACAGAGGGCGACAUCUUCUCCUGCUACAGUACUUCAGUCGUGGUCUACCGUUACUUUGCUGUGCUGUGGGGAUGUGCUGUAACCAUCACUGGCACGGUAGGGAACCUGAUGACCAUUCUGGCCUUCACCUUAGACUCACGUCUGAAGACUCGCUUCAAUGUACUCAUUGUGAACCUGGCUGUAGCUGAUCUCCUGUACUGCACCAUCCUGCAGCCCAUCUCUGUUGAUUCCUACCUACAUCUCCGAUGGCGCACUGGUCAGCUCUGGUGCAGGAUCUUCGGCCUGCUCCUCUUCCUCUCUAACUCUGUGUCCAUUAUCACUCUCUGCCUGAUAGCAGUGAGCAGAUACCUCCUGGUCGCAAAAAGGGCCGUGUUUGACCGUGUGUUUUCUAACCAUGGUCUUGUUUUACUUGUAAUCUCAGCUUGGGCUCUCGGCCUGGCCAGCUUUGGUCCACUCUGGCAGGUCUAUGUGUUUGUGCCACAAGUGUGCACAUGCAGCUUCCAUCGUACCAGAGGUCGGCCCUACACCACCAUCCUGCUGUUUCUCUAUUUUUUUGCUGGUCUGGGAUGCGUUGGUGCUUUCUACCUGCUCAUUUACAGACGAGUGUUGGUUGCAUCACAGGCUCUGCUCCGCUACAGAAUCAGCCGACGAUCAUCCAGAAGGAAACCAGCGUCUUCAGCUCAAGGCACCGAUGACAGUGGUGUGGAAAGUGGUGUGGUAAAGACAUGCACCUCUGAGAUGAGCAGCCAGGCAGAUCUGGCUCAAAGCACAGACGAGAUACCAAGUCAAAGGUCAUUUAAACUCAUCCACAACUCUGCAGCAGCCUUAAUGUCAUCAACAGCCAACCACCCAACCCCUGAUAUCAACAGUUCGCCCCCUUCAAUUAAACCUGCUCCAUCACUGCAGCUCCCUCCUCCCCCUCAUCCUCAGGAGAUGAUGAAAUUAAACGAGUGACACGGAUGUGCUUUACUGUUUUCAUGUGUUUUGUGUUCUGCUUUGUGCCUUUCUUGCUGCUUAACAUAGCAGACAAACACAACCGUGCCCCACAUGUACUGCACAUGUUCUGUGCAAACCUCACCUGGCUCAACAGCUGCAUCAA